AUGGAAGAAACCUUAAUAGAAACUUGGGGAAAGCUCAAGCUGAUUGAACGCGAACAAGCAGAUGUCCUCUUCGAUUUAACCACGGAAGAGGCAACUCUCAGACGAGGUAACAUGAGCUUACUUGGGCUUGUCAUAACGGAAAAAGUGAUUAAUAGUGAAGCUUUCAAAAUUUCAAUGGGAAGGAUCUGGAAGCUACGAGGAGGACUAAAAAUCAAAGGUGUGGGCAAAAACCUUUUCUUAUUUGAGUUUGACGAAGCCACUGACAUGCAAAAAGUUAAGCUUGGAAGGCCAUGGACUUUUGAUCGCCAGCUUCUGUGCCUUAAAGACUAUAAUGGACAGAUCUCCCCAAAGGAGAUGGUUUUUGAUAAAGAACCAUUAUGGGUGCAAGUGCACAAUAUCCCAUUGGGUGGUAUGACAAGGAAAGUGGGAGAACAAACUGGUAGACAGGUGGGAGAGGUCUUAGAUGUGGAUGUAGAUGAGCAAGACGUUGGUUGGGGGCCUUACCUUCAUAUCAAAAUCUUAAUCGACAUUACAAAGCCUCUAAUGCGGGGAGUCAUGGGUUCAUUCAAUGGUACGAGAGUAUGGCUUCAAUUUCAGUAUGAGAGGUUACCCUCUUUUUGUUUCAACUGUGGUAUUAUCAAACACAGUCUAGAGGGAUGCCAAAACCAAGAGUCGGCGAGAUGA